AUGUCUGUGUCACGGCUGGAAUCGAGACUCCGGAAACUUUUCAAUGUUCCUCGCAAAGGUGAAACGUUUGAGUUCAGGGAAGGACUUGUUUCGCAGUAUGCAGAUGAGCGGAAGGAUACAAUUCAAAGAGUGAUUGCUGCGAUGACAGUGGGCAAAGACGUGUCUUCGCUGUUCCCGGAUAUUCUCAAGAACAUCGCCACGCAUGACCUGGAGCAGAAGAAACUGGUGUACCUCUAUUUGAUGAACUACGCAAAAACAAACCCGGAACUCUGUAUCCUGGCCGUUAACACUUUUGUUCAAGAUACCGAGGAUCCAAAUCCUCUGGUUAGAGCACUUGCAAUUCGGACCAUGGGCUGCAUUCGUGUGGACAAAAUGGUCGAUUACAUGGAAAUCCCUCUGAAACGCACUCUCAAAGAUGACAAUCCGUACGUGCGUAAGACAGCGGCCAUCUGUGUGGCGAAGCUUUUUGACCUCAAUUCCCGUAUGUGCGUCGAGCAGGGAUUUUUGGACGAGCUGAUGAGUCUGUUGGACGACUCCAACCAGAUGGUGGUUGCAAACUCGAUCUCAGCGCUGAUAGAGAUUUCCAAGGCAACUAAUUCCAACAUUCUCAAGAUUGACUCAAAAAUCCUCAAAAAGUUGCUCAUGACACUGAAUGAGUGCACGGAAUGGGGUCGUAUUGCAAUCCUCACGGCACUGGCGGACUACGCUGCAGAAGAAGUUGGCGAGGUGCAGCACAUUAUCGACCGUGUCUCACCCCAGCUUCAGCACGAAAACCCAGCCGUUGUGCUUAGUGCAGUGAAAGUCAUCAUCAAGCAACUGGACAAGGUGGAUGAGGAGCAAAAGAAUUCGCUGCUGAAACGGCUUUCCUCUCCUCUAGUUUCGUUGCUAUCUACUCCUCCAGAACUUCAGUAUGUUGCUCUUAGAAACAUUCGUAUCAUUUUGGAGAAGUAUCCCGUGGUUUUGGCGAGAGAGCUCCGUGUUUUCUUCAUCAAAUACAACGAUCCGUUAUACCUCAAACUGGAGAAAAUAGACAUCAUGGUGAGAUUAGCAGACGAGUCAAAUGCAAUGCUGCUUUUAGCAGAACUCCGUGAGUACGCUAUGGAAAUUGAAAUUGAGGUGGUAGACAAGUCUGUUAUGGCUCUUGGUCAGCUGGCUAUCAAGAUUCCGAAAAUAUCGAAGAAGGCAAUUGAUGUGCUGUAUGAGCUCUUCAUCUCACGUUCGGAGUACGUCAUUGAUCAGCUAGUCGUUGUCCUACAAAACAUAUUGAGAAGGUACUCCAACGAGUACCUGACAACCGUCAUUACCAUCAUUGGAGAUCUGGAUUUGGAUUCUCUGAAAUCUAGUGAUGCGCUUGCAUCUUACGUGUGGAUUGUCGGACAGUACGCUUCGGAAAUACCUCAUUUGGAAGACCGUCUCAGGUCUCUGAUGGCGCAAUUCCAAGACAUGGACCCAGCCGUGCAAUCAGCGUUUUUGACCACGAUUGUGAAAAUCAAUCUCACAAAACCUACACCAGUUACACAAAGUUUAUUGCAACAGGCGCUCAAUCAGGCCACAAAAGAGAUAGAAAACCCAGACGUCAGAGACAAGGCUUACAUUUACUGGAGAAUCUUAUCAACAGAGAAUUCGGAGCUGCAAAAGAGAAUUAUCAUGAACAAGCUCCCCGUGCUUGAAUCUACAAUUGACCAUUUCCCGCCACUUCUUCUCAAUGAGCUUGUCAAUGAGAUCUCCAACUUGGGUUCAGUUUACCAUAAACCUGCCUCUAGUUUCAUCAAGUCAGUGGACGGUGAACUGAUCAACACUCAACUCCAGACCAAGAAAUUCGAGGAACUGCAGCAAAUGGCCAAGUCUGAGAUCGUCAAUAAUACUGUCAAGGCGGAAAAUUUGCUAGACUUUGAGGAUGAUUACGACGCUGCUCAAAAUUCAAGUGGACAAUCUGGUACGAGCACUCCGGUGACUGGAAACAUUUUGGAUGAAUUGAACGAUUUAUUCACUAAUUUGUCUUCGCAGGCACCACAACCACAGCCGUCUGGCUCCUCCGUAUUUAAGGAUUUGAUCCAGGAGCCGGAAUCACAUCAACAGUCCCAGCAACCUAAUCAACAGCAAAAAACUUCCACUGCUGAUCUUCUAGACUUAUUUUAG